AUUGUCUAACCAUGGCCCAGAUAGAAAAACGGGGAGGUUUGCUCCGGAAAUCUUCAGCCUCCAAAAAACCACUGAAGGAAAAAGUGGUGCUGAUGUAUGAUGAGAUCUUCAUGACAGAAGACCCCAGUAAAUGCAGUCCUCGGUUCUGGGAAGAGCUGUUCCUCAUGAAGGUGAAUUUAGAGUACCUGGAAGGCAAGCUGGAAUCUCUUGAUGGUGAGGAGUUAAUGAAGAUCAAGGACAAUAUUAAUUGCUUAUUUCAACACUGCAUUCAGGCUCUGGGAGAGGAGCAUCCAAUUCGAGUUGUGAAUGCAUUGCAGACCUUGUGUGCCCUUAUUCGUGGAGUCCAUCAGAAGAAUAAGUCCACGUCUGGGUUUGACAUCAUCAACAUGCUGAUGGGCUUCGACAAGGCAGAGCUGUGCAUGAAGAACUUGAUGGAGAGUUUGGAUUCAUUGCUUUGUGCAGAAGGCUCUGAAAGUCUGAAGAGUUUAUGUCUGAAACUUCUUCUUUGCUUAGUGACCGUGACAGACAAUAUCAGCCAGAACACUAUCUUGGAGUAUGUAAUGAUCAACAGCAUAUUUGAAGCAAUUUUACAGAUACUCUCCCACCCUCCAAGUCGUAGGGAACAUGGGUAUGAUGCUGUUGUCCUUUUGGCUUUGCUGGUAAACUACAGAAAAUAUGAGUCUGUGAACCCUUAUAUUGUGAAGCUAUCCAUCGUGGACGACGAGGCUACUCUCAAUGGAAUGGGGCUUGUGAUUGCUCAGGCUUUAUCUGAAUACAACAGACAGUAUAAAGACAAGGAAGAGGAGCACCAGAGUGGUUUUCUCUCUGCCCUAACGAACAUGGUGGGCAGCAUGUUCAUAGCAGAUGCCCAUGAGAAAAUCUCAGUACAAACCAACGAGGCCAUUCUUCUGGCACUUUACGAAGCUGUUCAUUUGAAUCGCAACUUCAUCACAGUGCUAGCUCAGAGUCAUCCAGAGAUGGGCUUGGUGACGACCCCGGUGAGUCCCACUCCAACAACUCCAGUCACACCGCUUGGGACCACGCCACCGUCCUCUGAUGUUAUAAGUUCUGUGGAACUCCCACUGGAUGCAGAUGUACAGACCAGUAAUCUGCUGAUAACUUUCUUAAAGUACAGCUCUAUUGUCAUGCAAGAUACCAAAGAUGAACACAGGCUUCACAGCGGCAAGCUCUGUCUGAUUAUCCUUACGUGUAUUGCAGAGGAUCAAUAUGCCAAUGCUUUUUUGCAUGAUGACAACAUGAAUUUCCGAGUGAACUUACAUAGAAUGCCUAUGAGACACAGGAAGAAGGCAGCAGACAAGAACCUUCCCUGCCGACCGUUAGUGUGUGCAGUGUUGGACCUGAUGGUAGAGUUUAUUGUCACACAUAUGAUGAAGGAGUUUCCUAUGGAUCUCUACAUACGCUGUAUUCAGGUGGUGCAUAAACUGCUCUGCUAUCAGAAGAAGUGUCGUGUUCGGCUGCACUACACCUGGCGGGAGCUCUGGUCAGCCCUGAUAAAUUUGCUGAAGUUCCUUAUGUCAAAUGAAACAGUUCUUUUGGCCAAGCACAACAUUUUUACAUUAGCCCUUAUGAUUGUGAACCUGUUUAACAUGUUUAUCACGUAUGGUGACACAUUCCUGCCGACCCCCAGCAGCUACGAUGAACUUUACUACGAGAUUAUUCGCAUGCACCAGAGCUUUGACAACCUCUACUCUAUGGUCCUGAGGCUUUCUACCAAUGCGGGCCAGUGGAAGGAAGCAGCUAGCAAAGUGACCCAUGCACUGGUUAAUAUCAGAGCCAUCAUCAACCACUUUAAUCCCAAAAUUGAAUCCUACGCUGCUGUGAAUCACAUAUCCCAGCUGUCAGAGGAGCAGGUGCUAGAGGUGGUACGAGCCAACUAUGACACACUCACGCUGAAGCUGCAGGACGGCCUGGACCAGUAUGAGCGCUACUCAGAGCAGCACAAGGAGGCUGCCUUCUUCAAGGAGCUGGUUCGAUCCAUUAGCACCAACGUCCGGAGGAACCUGGCCUUCCACACACUCAGCCAGGAGGUCCUGCUGAAGGAAUUCUCCACUAUCUCCUGAGUCUACCUGCUCUCAACAGCCACGGACUGCCCUUGUUCAUGAGGCUCCUGGGCUAGACGGGGAGAAGGGGCUGCCUCUGAGGUCGGAGAGAAACACAGACACCGAGGUCUCUUGAUGAAGGCGGUACUUCAGUGGAGCUUGGACAGCAGCAGCAAGCCAGGGGAUCUUACUUGGGGAGGAAUGGGUGGGCAAAGGGAGACACAUCUAAGAAUGUGGGGGCUUCCAGGAUACCCUUUCACACUUCCAAUUGAGACUGCAAGUUGUAGCUUCUGACUCACUUUCAGGAGUUGGUGGGCUAAGCUCUCGGUGACACCAACAUCCUGAAGUCCCGGGGUUCCUGAAAACAAGUCAACUUUCAGAUAUACCUGGAACUCCCUCCUGCUUGAUUUGGGCCUGGAGCUGAGUUGGGUUUGAAAUAUGUGUCCCCUGCCCCUACCGGCAGUCUGUCACAAGACCCUUAGCUCAGGCUCAGGGUAGGUAUUACACGUUUUCUAAAUUCAGAGUUGACUUCUCUGAAAAACUGAAGACCGCAGUCUCCCCAAAGCUUUACUGUCCACCACCACUUCGUAGGUCUUAGUUUCGGCAUCAGGAGUACCUGUCUGCUUUCUCCUGCCUUCCAAACCACUGAGUCAUCAGCACAGUAGGCUCACAGUCUUAGCUUUUUAUUUUUAGUCUGGUUUAAACUGUCUACAGGUGUGUGUGAAAUAAACACUUGACAGGUUUUCUGGACCCCUCAAGGUGCCUACUUUGCUAGUUCCCUUUCCAGCAGCUCCCCCACCCCAGCCACCCCUCCACAGGGAGCCUCUCCUGCCUCUGCUGAGCUCCCCUCCAAGAGUUCCACCCCCUCACCCUGCUGUUGUUUACAUCCAGCCUGCCUGAGAAUUUCCUCUAGGGAGGAAUCUGUUCCUGCUGGGGGCAGGGUGCCCUCCGUCUACAAGAGGCGGCCCAGCAUUGUCUGCCCGACUCCAGGUGGGCCACAGGCAGAUCUCCUGGCCCUCAGAAAACGGGCCUGCGCGCCUCCUCCAAGUAGCCUCUGUGGGACCUCUGUAGGCUUCCUGUGCUGCCCCGCAGCUGCCUGCCAGAUAGCUGCUGUUCGGAGACCAUCCCUUUUAAAGUACUUUGAAAGCCCUCAGGAAGGUAGGCAGGAAGCAGCGAAGGAAGAAUGAGAGCAUGCAGGACUCCCGCUGUGAAAACAGGUGUGCGACCUUCCGGGCGCUACCAGGUAGACUCCAGUCACUUUGGAGCAGUUGCCCUCCCUGGGAACCCUGGUUCCCGCUUCAGUGUUGAGAUGUGUCCUACUUCCAGGGUGUCUACCAACAGAUGCCACACAGAUGUGGGGUUCUUAAGAGGUCGUGGGCUAGUUUACCUCUGGUCACUGGUCACUAGUGGCUGGGUCAGCCUGGGGCAGGUAGGGUCUUCCUGGUGAUAAACUCAACAGCAGCUAGACCUGGAACUGCUGACAGGCUGAAGUUAUUAAAAGUUUAUUUGUGGGACAGUCA